AUGGGAGGCAAAUGUCCACACAGAAAGGUGAAGAAGAGAAGAUUGUCCCACAAAACCGAUCGCCGUGCCAGAUUCCUCAUCAAAGGCGAUGACAUGGUUUAUGAUGAAUUGAAAAAGCCUGAGGAAGAGAGAAAAGCUUUACCUGUUGAUGAAGAUUUGCCUGGAAUGGGCCAACACUAUUGCCUUCACUGCGAUCGAUUCUUUGCCAAUGUAGCUGUGAGAGACGAUCAUUUCAAGACCAAAAAACACAGGAGACGUGUGAAACAAAUGAUGGGUGAUGCACCACACACUCAACUUGAUGCUGAGUUAGCUGCAGGGAUGGGAAUGCCAGAUAAUGGACCAAAGUUAAUGUCUAUGUAA